UCGUAUACGGGUAAUCCUUGCUUGCUUGUUUUUUUUCCCGUUUUCUGAAGCAAAUUUACAAAGUGAGACAAUGGCUGUGGUUGCCAAGUCUAGGAAGGAGUCGCACUAAAGUCUCAUUGUAUUGGCCUCGCGAUCAUUUUGAUGCUAUAAAUAUGCUGACCCUGCUGUAGCAUGAAAAGUUCUUCGAGAUAUUUCACAAGAGCUUUCUGGUCUACGUAACGUUAUACGUUAGCCCUUGUCGUGUGUAGGUGAUUAGAAAUCUGCAUGCAAAACGUCCCCGCCUACAGUUAUCACCAUCAAAUUGGCAACAUAUAAAAGCGCUGACUGACCAAUUUCAAAGUAUCAGUUCUUCAACUGUCUUGACAAACUCACAUCUCUUCCAACAUGAAGUUCGCCAUUCUCUUUGCUGUCUUUGCUGUUGCCGCUGCCAGGGAUGCCUAUAACAAGGCACCGGCCUACUCUGCCCCGGCCUACUCUGCCCCGGCUUACUCCGCACCGUCUUACAAGGCACCGGCCUACUCCUCCCCGGCUUACUCUACGCCAGCCUAUUCAGCACCGGCCUACUCCGCACCAGAAGAAUACCCUGCGCAGCCAUACAGCUUCUCCUAUAACGUGAAAGACGAGACAUCUUACAAUGAUUUCAUCCACUCUGAGAACACUGACGGAAAAGUAACCACCGGGUCUUACCGUGUUGCACUUCCCGACGGCCGCACCCAGAUCGUGUCCUACAAGGCUGACAGCUAUGGGUACACCGCUGACGUCAAGUAUGAAGGCGAGGCCAACUACCCCGAAUACAAGCAGUCCGAAUACAAAGCCAAUGCAUACUCCACACCUUCCUACAAAGCUCCCAUUUACACAACCCCCGCACCAGCCUACAAAGCUCCCGUUUACACAACCUCCGCACCAACCUACAAAGCUCCCGUUUACACAACCCCCGCACCAGCCUACAAAGCUCCCGUUUACACAACCCCCGCACCAGCCUACAAAGCUCCCGUUUACACAACCUCCGCACCAGCCUACAAAGCUACCGCUUACACAACAUCCGCACCAGCCUACAAGGCACCCGAAUACAAAGCUCCUACUUACGUUGCACCCACCUACAAAGCACCAGCGUACUCCGCACCUGCCUACAAAGCCCCCCAAUACAAGACCCCCGCGUACACUGCCCCGGCCUAUAAAGCAUCAGUAUACACCACGACAGCUUAUCCUAAAUAUUAAUUCAUUGUAAAGUGAAUUUGAUAACUGAUCUGAAAAUUAUUUAAUUAAUUAAACACUGAACUGUAUAAAAGGGAGUUGUAAAACCUGAAUUUCCUACAAUAAUGCAAAUGGUGAGCUAAGUAUUUUGUAUGCUAUUCAAGUUGUUUGAAUUACAUCAAGACACAAAUGAAAA